GCGCUUCCUCCUCCUCUACGCCCAUGCAAAAACCAGGAUGCAUUGCGCAACAAGAAGGGCACUUUCUUUUAGAAAAUCAGCGUUACCCCUCUUUAUAGCAUUUUGAUUUCUACAAUUGGGAAUUUUUUUUUUAAACCGUGUACAUAUUUUGACCGGGAGUUUAAGCGCACCAACAUGGGGAAAGUGAACGUCUGCUUGAAACGGAGUUACAUUACCGUGACAAGUUUGAUCGCGAUACUGAGUGCCCUGCUGUUGGCAGCCACUCUGUUUCACCAUGGACGAAUCCACCACCAUGAGGAGAUCGAAACGAUGCUCCCAGGCCUUUUUUCAACAUAUGGUAUUUCCAUCAUAACUCUGAUCCUGGCCAUCAUUGGUGUGUAUGGUGCUUGCAAAGAGAAGAAGUGGGCACUUAUACUGUUUGUAGUUGGAAUGAUCCUUGGCAGUCUGUUUUUGAUUACAAGUGGCAUUCUUGGACUGGCUCGGCGACCACAGGAGGCUGAACAACUGAAUAGGCAUUACCUACAAAUGCUGCCGCUGAAUAAUGCUAGUGAGAGUACUAUUGACGGCUUGAAGGAAAUCCAGAUUCAAUUUCAGUGCUGUGGACUGGAUCAGGGCUACCUGGAUUGGGGCUACAACAUCCCACAAUCCUGUCUGUGCUCACAGGAGGCCACUAAUCCAUGUGUGGAAGCUCCCAGGAACAGCAGUCUGUCUGAGUACACAAUGAAUGACCAGUACGUCAAGAUCUAUAAAGAGUCAUGCCUCCCAUACAUGAUUGUUUAUGUGAUGAUGGUCAUAGAUACGGCAAUGGGCAUACUCCUGGGAGUCACAUUAUUGUGGAUAUUGUCAGUGGCGUUGUGUAUUUUCAUCUUGUGUCGGCUGAGCAAGAAGGAUGAAAUCCCGGUGGUGGUCUACAGUACGGAGGCCAAAGCAGGCAACUACACGCCUCUGGCAGACACUGCAGAGCUCGCCUGAUUGGGAUUGAUACAAUGAUACAAAGUGUUUUAUUCUGUUUUAAUAUUUACCACGUUGCAUGAAAACCAUGUAACCUUUAUUCACUUUUGUCAUCCCAUAAGAUGCGGCACAUGUUUUCACAAUGGGGAAAACUGUGGGCUGGGAAAAUGGUCAGAAACGGCACACACUGUGAGAGUAUUUUCUUUGUUGUAUGCACACAUAUACAUACGGCUGAUAUUAAGUCUGAGAGCCUACACCCUUCUGCUAUACAAGAGAAGUGUGGAAUAAUCAUUCAGCACAUUCGUUUGCAAGCACUUCCAAGUGGCAAAAUGAGUCGUAUUGUAAGAUAUGUAAAUAGAGAAAACAAUUCAAAUGAGAUGGAGAAAGAAAAUGUUGUUUUAACAAAAGCACUGAUGAAGAAGUUACUGCAGACAUAUUUACAUUAUGGAUGUCUUAAAGCUUCAACUUUAAUAAGUGUCUGUAUUUUAUGGUUGUGUAGCUUUCUGUAAUCUUCUGUGUUCUGACAAACUUUAUGUAAUCUUAUUUUUUAAGUUUUUGCCAAUCACAUUUUAAUCAGAGAAGCUACUGGAGCACUUCCAAAGUUCUAUAGUACAGUUUUACACAAGAGAAUGUAAUUGGUACGUGUCAGUAUGAAAGAAACAAAGGCCGAUACACAUGAGAUGUUUUUAUGCCCACAAUAAACAAGAGGACUCUUUAUCUGUAA